AUGUCGUCCCACAGAUCGCAAUUCUUGGACGAAAGCAUCACCCAUAAAGACCAAGAAGAACGUCCCGCUGAAAGGCAGCGGAAGCGGCGGGCAAAUGUUUACGAUGCUGUCGCUGGUCGCGUGAAUGCGCACGGGUUUAUACCCGCCACUCCGUACGCCUCUAAAUACCGCGACACAGCAUCAUCCAGUAGCCGGGCCCUCCCUCCAGAGGAGGUUCUGUUCCGUCGAGAGGGCAUGCCAGUCCGCUACGAGGAGACGGACCGAUAUUUCGCGCACGAGAAUCUGCCGGCUGACCAGCCGCUUCCCAGCUCCGAGCUCCUGGAGUCCAUCCACGCCUACACCGCGGACUAUUACGACCAGGCACUUGGGCCGAAUGGGCGAGCCAACCAGUAUAGCAUGAACGGGAAGUCAUUGAUGUUCAUGGGCGUGCUCCUUGAGGAAUUGGCCAAGGAGUCGCUAGGUGACACUGGUGACUUGGCGCUGGUUGAAGGGGAUGAUUUGCCCGCGGACGAGCCGACCUCGAAACUUGGGCGGAGGAUGGGACGCAAACGGGCGAAUAGUCGGCGCAGCAGCAUCUAUGCGAGCUCUGGUGAAGAUCUGGAUAGUGUUGUGAAACGGAAGAAACGGUCUAAGAAGCGGAGAUUGACCCGCCGGGCUUCUACUACUGAUAUCGAUACGGAGCCUGAAGCUGGACGGCGAGGCUCAUGA